ACAUAAAUCCUUAAAACUAAAUCAUCAAAACAAAGAGCGAGGACAAAUUCAGUCCAAAACUAAUAUACCACUACAUUCUCCUUCUCCACUUCUUUGCCUCUCUUUCUCUCUCUACAGACCUUCGUCGCACCAGUUGUAUACCAUAAGCCUCCUCUGCUUCUUCCAUAUCAUCUUCUAUACCUACCUAACAACGUUUUCCAUUCUUCAUACUUCCUCAUCUUUUGAAGAAACCCUGUUAUUUUCCUGUGACUUUUGGGUUGCAAUUUUAUACUUUGUGUUGCUUGUCGAUAAUUAGCGAUUUUUUCUGCCUGUAAAUUGGGGUUUGAAUUGGAAAUUCCAAGAUAUAAUUACUUCCAAUCUGGGCGUUUUCCUCUUGAUGCUGUGAUCAGCUAUGAGAGAACGAAAGUGGAGGCAUUGAUUGAGUUUGAUGAUGGAAGAAAAGGGUGGAGAGGCAGGAGAUGAUCAGGGCUCUGGAUGGCUGAAAGUGAAAAAGAAGCAUAGAAGAAAUUCAAAGUUUUCUUUCCAAGGAUGGGUGGGAGGACUCUCAAGGAAACAUAAUUCAAAUGUUAUAGUCCACGAGCCUUGUAAUGUACAACACAUGACUUCAAAUGUUAGCUCUAUUGAAUUGGAUUUAAGUAACAAGGACUCCCCUGCACCUGAUUCGGAUGCUUCAAAUAAUACUCAAGUCCCUACUAAAGAUGAGAGGAGCUUCCUCAAAUUCCAUAAUCUUGAUGUUUUUCCAAAGAUUAAGUGGGGUAAUUUGGAUGAUGGUGCUUUGGUAUCAACUGUUUGUAACACUACUAGGAUUGACAUCAAAUUUGGUGAUAUUGAGGGAUCAGAAACUCUUAAAAAUUCAACCUUUUUGAAAGAUACCGAUACAACUACCGAGAUACCUAAAGAUUCUACCCCAAUUGAAAAUUCCAAUAAUAAAGAAACAACUUCAAUUCUCAAUGACUUAUCAGAAGUUCAUAUUAUGAGUGCAAUUGGACCCGGUGAAAUUGAAGCUGGGGAGAGUAAAGAACGGUUUUGCCAACGACUUUGGUGCUUUCUCUUUGAGAAUCUUAACCGAGCAGUUGACGAACUGUAUCUUCUAUGUGAACUAGAAUGUGAUAAAGAUCAAAUGAAAGAAGCUGUUCUUGUUCUUGAAGAAGCAGCAUCCGAUUUCAAAGACCUGAAUUCAAGAGUCCAAGAAUUUGAAAAAGUCAAAAAGUCAUCCGAUAAUCCACCAAUCACGAUGAAGUCCGAGCAACGAAGACCAAACGCGCUCUCAUGGGAGGUUCGGCGUAUGACAACCUCACCACACCGGGCCGAAAUACUAUCUUCAUCACUCGAAGCUUUCAAGAAAAUCCAACAAGAACGAGCCUCCAUGAACAAAGAUUUUACUAAAACCGGGUUUCUUGAUUUGAAUAAACGCUUCACAAGAACCGAUAGAACAAGUAAUGCUAAAGAACAAGUGAAACGAACCGGGGUUGCAAUAAAAAAGAACACCGACCCGGGAAAGAACAAGAAAGAAACAACCGGAUCUUCAGAACCCGAGAAACCGGGCCCACGUAAAGACAACGUUAAAUCGACGGAUUAA